AUGGGCCGGCUCCUGCUCACCCUCUGCUUGCUCCUGCUCAUCACCCCCUGCCCCUGCGCUAUCAUCACCGGGGUCCCUUUCUUCGGGAAGCGCCAGCACCACACCUGCCCGUGUUUGCCCAACUUCAGCUGCUCCAGGUUCCUCCACGGCCGCUACCGCUGCUCCGUCGACUUCAAGAACAUUGAUUUUUAG